GUUAAAUUAUUAGUAAGAUAAAAGGCAAGGAAAGAUGAAGAAAGUAAUUCAUCUACACACUAUAGGAAGAGGAGAAUAAAGUUAUGACUAUGUCUACUAAUAUCACAACUGUUAUCAAAGCAAAGGUAAACUUAUGAUGUAAGUGACAUCUGCCAUGUCAACUGUAAUAAAUCUGUUUAAAAAUCUAUAACAUUUUGUUUUACAGUUUUUAGUAAGAGUUUAUUUAGGUUCAUUGAGUGGUAAACACUUGUUUGCUAUAUUAUCCAUAAAGAGCUGCAAGAAUAAAAAUCAAGAUUGGAACUGAUUUAAUAACUCAAAUGCUUUCAUAGCUUUCAUGGCCAAAAAGCCAAUGACAUGUUUUGCUUUACUUUCCUGCAAUUGAGGAGGUCUUAUCAAAAUCUAGGUAUACCCAUGUUGCUGAGCAUGUAAAAUACACUGUCACCGGGAAAUAAAGGAUGAGAACCCCACACUGAAUCUAUCCUGAGGAAAAAGAGAGCCGUGCUCAAGACAACACAGGUCAGCGGCCACCAAGAACUGGAAUCCAGAGACUGUGACCUCCAAUCAGGCCUCUUCCCAUGACACCACCAUCACUGAGAUGGCAAAGAACUUCAGUUGUCACCAUCUCCCGUCACCUGCUUUUUCACUAAGAAAGAUGAAUUCCAACAGAAGCAACGUGCUUUCACAGCUGCUUACCGUGAAUACCCUGUCAAAUUCAUUCAGCUCCCUUUGUCUCCAAGAAUACAGAAUUUCAAUGUCCUUCCUCAUUUAUCCUCACAACAGCCUCACUGCACAGCAGGUUUCUAUUAGUCUGCAGGUGUAGAAAGGGAGGCAGAAAAAGUCUCACAAUCUACAAUCUUCUAGUCCUCUCUUCCUUAAACCAUGUCUGCACCUCUUUUUAUAGUACUUCAUUUAUGCUAUGCCUUAUAUUUUACUUAAUUUAUGUAAAAGAGAGAACAGUAUUUGGUAGAACUGUUGUGAUUAAAUGAGUUAAUACAUACAAAUAUAUUAAGAACAGUGCCUAGCACACAGAAAACGCAUCAUAAAUAUUAGUUAUUAUUUUUACUAAAAAUUAUCAAUGUGUACAAGGAGUUUCCAGCCCAAAGCUCUGACUACUUUUUCCAUCGGGAUGUGUCACAACUCCAACGUCAAUGUGGCCCAAAAUGUGUUCAGCUUGCCCCUCAAACCUGCUCCUUCUGGCUUCACCAAUCCUAUCGUCAGGUUGCAAAUCUGACAUUGAUUCCUCACCUUUCCUGCCUCUGAUACCUAAGUCAUUGCUAAAUCUGAUCAAUUCUGAGCAAAUUUGUUCUUUCCUCUCUAAGCACAAUCACCAGUUAUGUUGGGGUCAUUAAUAUCUUCCUCAAUUAUUUCAACAGUCACCAAGACUAGUCUCCUGGCUUUUCUCAUCCUCUCUUCAACCCAUUCGUCACAGAGCUGCUGGGGAUCACCUAAAAGACAACUCUUAUUUUCCUCUGCUAUUAAAAGAAAUUAGCAACAAAACCCUGGAGAGAUUCAGGCUUAACAGCAGCAUAAAGCCCAAGUCCUGUGGGGUAUUCAAAGCCUUCUGGAUCCAGGCUUCUCACUUGCAUGCGACACGUCAAAAAGGGUUCCCAGAACCCAUUUGGGGUCCCCUGCAUUUCCCCAUCUCCUUACCUUUGAUCAGAUCCUACUUGCUUAGAAAGCUCCUCCCUCCAUCUCUGCCUAUAAUUCUUACAUUAUGCCCAAGAAAUGCUUUCUGGUCCUUUAUAGCCCCAGAGAAUUAUAUAGCUAGAAUCACUUCAUCUUGCAAAUAAAAUAACGGUGUCUACAAAUGUUAAAAGAGACUAAUCAAGGUAACCAAACAAUUAGGCCUAGAAUUUAGAUACAACUUCAAAUCCUACUCUUUUCUUAAACCAUGUCUGCCCCCUUCCAUAGCAUUUAAUCAUACUUUGUCUUGUACUUUAGUUAUUUAUGUAAUUAUCUGUUUCUCCAUUCAACUGUGUGAAGCCUAAAGGCAAAUUUAUCCCAGAUAUAGAAUACUCGCAGGAAGGAAAACCUCAGAUGUUUGUUGAACCAAAUUCAAGUUCAUGAAAAAUAGAGCGACUUGAGACUAAGCCAGCUUCACAGGAGGGCAAGAAACAAAAGACUGACUGUUGGCAGCACCCCCCCCCUCCACCCCCCACCUUUUAGCAAAUGUUGCUUUAUUAUAAAGUCCCUGAACACAACUAAAAAUUUGUUCAUCUGAGGGAACGUAUAGUUGCCAUUCUCACAGGUAUAUAAGAUUAAGUGAAGCCAUGCAGGUAAAACACUUACCAUGGUGCCUGGGAUAUAAUUUCUGGCACAUGAUUUUUUGGCCUGGCCCUCCCACUCCUCCAAUGGCACCUGAUCUUCCUAUGAUCCAGUCAGGCCAUGACACUCCUCUGCCUUAAAACCUUCCACCUCUCCCCAUCACCUCCCUUACAGGGAUAAAGUCCAAACUGCUUAGUCUGGCCUUGUGGAAGUUGUGUCCCCGUCCUGCUUGAGCCCAAGGUACCUCUUCCGGCGCAGCAACUGCCGCUUCCCACCAACACUGAAGUCUCAUCCAACAGCACUUGCCUCCCUAAGCACCAACGGUUCUGCUAAGCCUUCCCACUCUUGUGAGCUUUUGUCCAUCAUACCGUAGUUGAAAGCAUGGGUUUUUACAAGCAGACCUGGGUGCACAUUCCAGCUCUGCCACUUACUAGCUAGCUAUGUGACCUUGGGCAAAUCAUGUCUUCUCUCAGGACCUGUUUCCUGAGGAGAGGCCAACUGUGUCCUUCUUUACAGUGUUGCUAGGAGGAUUCCAUGACUUGAUGCAUGUAACUCCUGCCUCACACCUAGAAAAGGCUUGUUCAUGUUUGCUAUAAUUAGUAUUACUGUCUUCAUUUCCCACAGCACUAACUACACGGUAGUGUAAUUGCCUCUUUAUAUGUCUGUCUCCCUAUUAGGUUACAAGCUCUGGGAGGGCAGGGGCAGUAUCUCUUACUUUCCAGUGUCUGUUCCUAUGGUUCAUUAUUCAAAUGAUAACUCUUCAAUAACUAACUGCUUCCGAAGUCCUAUGACCAAACACCUUCCCAGGGCUGUUAGCAACUGCACUCUCCAAAACCGUCUCCUUGUUCUGGGCUUCCGAGCUCCACUCCAAUGCACUCUGCACGGAUGAUGCUCCUUAAGGGAAUUGUCUCUCUGUCUCUCGACUGUGAGCACCCCGGGUUGUAUACUCACUUCGCAGGGAGGUUGGAGUAUAAAAUGACAUAAAGAUGGAGGGCCACGCGGAAUACAUCCUCCCUACCGAAACCAGAUACGUUGGGGAAAUGAAGGAUGGCGUGUUUCACGGCCAAGGAACACUGUACUUCCCCAGCGGGAGCCAAUAUGAUGCCAUUUGGGAAAAUGGAUUGGUGGUUAAGGGCACGUACACCUUCUCGGAUGGGCUGCAGUAUGAUGCAAAGAACUGGCAUUACUGCGACACCUACGAUCGGAGGUUUUACACCGAGAUCUGCCACGGCCUGAAGCCUACAGGUAUCUCUCAACUCACCAAUGUGGACCCGCCUAGAAAAAUCCCUAAAGGCUGUUACGAUUGUGGAGACGGCUUCUAUAACCCGAUCACAAGGGUGGUCAAGGACUAUAAUAAUCGCUUUCUGAGAAAUGCAGAUGACGACGAGCAUGAAUGGAUCAUCCGGACCUGUCGUAAGGGCUGGGACGAGAUCGUGGGUCACAGGCCCAAGCUGUGAGCACUGCAGCUGCCUCUGCCAGGUUUCCUUCUGCUCUGCUGGCAUUGGCUGGCCCAGGGGGCAGGCUGUAGUUCCAGACCAUAACUUUUGACUCAUGAAUAAAGGUUUUCUGCAGUCAGUGGC